AUGCUCUUGAGCAACAUUUUAUCAACGAGCAUAGGAUUGCUAUUUGCUGUUGGCGUUGCCGCACAACAAGAUCAAAAUUACAGGGUCGACUAUAAUGUUAUUAGCUUAUUGAACCAGACCACAUUCAAAUCAAUGGCAGUAGUGAUUGACAACAUCAGUUACCCCUUGGAGGUCAAUAAGACAUUCCCGAUUCUUUAUUCCGGAAAAGGACCAUCGGCUCAAACGGGCUACCACUAUGCAAAGGUAUACAACAAUGAUAGUCUUCUUCUGGAGCCUUUUGUACGUCAGCCUGUCAAUCAAAGUACACCUCAUGAGUUCUUCAAUCGAUCUUGGAAUACGCAUGAAAGCAAACAACUCCCACAGGUUUAUCCUCCUUUGGAUGCCAUCCAUCGCAUCCAUUCAGACCUACAUAGAGACAAUGAAAUACCUACUAUUCAUAUCACAGGCAACCAGACCUUAAUAGAUCAAAUGAACCGCAAUACCUCAGCUGACAUCUCCGUCCCCUCCAAUAUUUCUUACCUUUCACUUCGCGAUGCUUUCUAUUUUGAAGAUGUAGAGAUAUCCUUAUCCGGUCGAAGUUCUCGUUGGAUGCCCAAACUAUCCUAUAACCUGAAACUGAAGAAAAAGGACGAUCUGUAUGGUUACAGGCGCCUUAAACUCCGUGCACUCUAUACAGAUCCAUCCUAUAUCCGUGAGAAACUCGCCUAUGACAUCAUAAAGUCAGUCGGUCUUGUCUCAUCAGAGUUUUCUUAUGUCCGCGUCUUGAUGAACGAUCAAGAGCUUGGUCUAUUUGGUAUCAUUGACACUUUUAAAAAUCCCUGGUUGGCAAACGUGUUUGCAAAUGGUAGCUCAUCUUACAAGAAUGGUUACCUUUACCAAGGUGUGUUUGCAACACCCGAAUCUUCUGCACAAAACCACACGUCUGAUCUUUCCUACAUAAACAACAUUACUGCUUAUGGAGAUGGGCAAUAUAAGAUCAAAGAGGAAGCUUCCAAGGGAAAGAAGGAGGAUUGGGAACCUUUGAUGAAGUUUACAGAAUUUGUUGCUAAGGCACCUACAAACAGUUCCGAUGCAGUUCACAAGUGGAAUAAGGAGCUCGACACAGACUCAUUUCUCCGAUCUAUGGCCCUUGAAGUUCUAUUAGGCUAUUCUGAUGGUUACUUGACUAUGGCAGAUAAUUACUAUCUUUACCAAAAUCCUGAUACCGACAACUUCUUCUAUAUCUCAUCUGACAUGGAUCUCACUAUUGGCAGUACCAUGUUCAAACUUGACAAAAUGUGGAGUGGUAACUAUAGUAAUUUUCCACAAAUUUAUUCUCGUCCAGUGAUGAAGCAGAUCUUGCAAGUACCCGAAUUUAAGGAAAGAUAUAACCAAUUGCUUCAAAAUAUUACUUCAGAGCUCAUCAACCCUAAUGUGACAGCUCCUUUUAUUGAUAAUAUCGUAGACAUGAUCAAAGAAGAUGUAGCUUGGGACCAAUCACUACCUCGUACUGGCAACAAUCUCUUUGCAGGAUCAUUUGACAACGCACAAAAUAAUAGCGAAGUUACCGACGCUAUUGGUCAGAUCCCUCCUGGCUUUGAUAUGGAUACACUAAUGGACUUUGCUAAACGUAUGAAUGAGACUAUUCCCUUCGAAACGGCUGUAACUGGACCCACGGGACACACCUCGUUGACUGGAAUCAAGGAAUGGUUUAAUGCUGUAUAUCAAAACACGACACGAUUUUACUCUCAAUAA